AUGAUGGCAUACAGCGGGGUAGGAGAAACCCAGCUGGCUUCCUAUCGCAUGCAGCCGAUGUAGGAUCCUGCGCCAUGCAUAUUUGGCAACACUUCUAGCUUAUCAGAGGCUUCGUACAGAUUCCUGUCCCGCGUCAUGGUCAUGUAGGAGCUUGUCGUCUGACCCUUUGACUGGGAUGGCUUUUCUCAGAGCCCAAAGAUCGCAGAGCCGCAUGGCGGAGAUGAAGGAUAAAGCGGUCUGGUGAUGAAGAGGAAUCAUAGUACAGAGCAGGGCAAGCGCAUCCACGGCACAGCCACACACACCUUCUUGUGGGUCUCGAGUGUAUGCAAAACCGUGGAUAUACGAAUUUCCAUCAUGCCAAGAUACUUGUUCAGGAUCGACGAAAUAGGCAAAACUCCAAGCGCUUCACAGACGUACGACAGCAGUGGGCAUCAUGGGAUACCCACCUUUGAAGCAGGAGCCGUCAGGUCAGUGGGGGGAGGCGUGAGCGGCCAGUGGUGGCAUUGUGACGGAAAUCAAAUUUACGGAAUGCCACAGCCUUCACAAGGCGCUCGGCCAUACAGCACAUACUCAGUCUUCUAUAUUGGGGGUUUUGGGUUUUGGGUUCUGAAAGGUGACGCAACCAACCCAGACACCUACAGAAACUGCAACACCUGGCAGCCUCUGUACUUUGAGCACCAUGCUCAAAGGGAAUACUCGUAUCUUUGUAAUGCGGAACAACACCGUACAGUCGACAUUCGAAGAAGAGAUCAGAAUUGGCUGAGGAUGCUGCUACCCGAUAUAUAUUAUGAGAGUGCAGCCGAGGUAAACCACCCACGUUACGGAGGUCUUAAAGGAGAGCUGGGUAUAUUUCUUGCUCUCAUCGCUUUUGCUAUACGCCCACCGGAGUUGCAGGCAAGACUGCCUCAAAUGUUCACAAAUGGGAAUUGGCAAGUGCCCGGCACAUUCAAUCACGGGAGACAAUCAGAAAGAGGUGUGGUCGUAUAUGUGUGGACCUCUCCGCCAACCACGGCCGACGAACUUUGUGCUUAUGAGCGGGGAUACCAGACCAGGUAUUAUUACUAGUUGUCAAUUCCUGAUUGCCCCAAACACUCGCCAAGUCUAUUUCCGGCUUUGGAACGAGUGUCAUGUCGGUUUUACUGACUUUUCUCUUUCCUUGUCUCCCUAAUUCCGUUAUACGGGACAUCUCUUAUCGCACACUUUGUUGACUUUUAUAUCCAGCCCAGACUGCUUACUUUCUAUACGUUUUCAUAGCAGUUGAUCAGCAGGA